AUGGUUACAAAGCAGAAAGAAAUGCCGAUUUUGUUCGGAACUUGUAUGCUCUGCGUUCUUUCGUUAUGUGUUGGAUUAGCAUAUGGUAAAAAUUGUGUUCCAGUUGCAACCUGUAAAUUCUAUACCAGUACAGAUAUGAGAUGCGACAGCCCUACUGCGAAAUACUUGCCGAAUAUAACCUCCUAUGAGUUGGAAAUAUUAAAAGUGAAUUAUCCGAUAUUAAAAGAAAUUCCUGAUUAUUUCUUCCAACGAUUUGGAAAAUUGAAAUCUCUGAGGUUCUUUUGGGGUAAUUUUAGACAGCUUUCGAAGUAUUCCUUAUCUGGACUUUCCAACCUCACGACUUUAGUCAUAAAAUUUUCUCAACUACGUGUGCUGCAUCUAAAAACAUUCACGAAUUUGACACAAUUAGAAUAUUUAGCACUGCAAGUAAACAAAUUGGAAAUCAUCCCUAAAGAAGCAUUUUCAAACCUUCAUUAUCUCUCAUCCUUGCAUCUUUCUGGUAACAACAUUAAUUAUAUCGAUUUGAUAAUGCCUGAGGAUUCUGUCCUGAAGUAUUUUUAUUUGAAUCACAAUGCAAUACAGACAAUAUCGAGGUCAACAUUUGAAAAUCUGUCACAUUUAAAAUACGUCCAUCUGGAAUAUAACUUGAUUGGAAGUUUACCGCAUGGCAUACUUGAAAAUACGAAAGUGCACUCUUUUACACUUUCCAACAAUAAAAUCAAAAAGUUGGAACGUGAAACUUUCAGACAAGCGACAUACUUGCAAUUCGUUGAUUUGAGUACAAACCUUAUUAAAAGUAUAGAACCUAUGACUUUUCGGGACUUGUUCUUAGACAAUAACAAAGUCACGAUCCUUAAAAAUAACACGUUUUAUCGAUUAACAAAUUUAAUAUUCCUAGUACUACACGAAAACAUCAUCACCAAUAUCGAACAAAAUGCAUUUCACAGCUUAAGAAGUUUUAGAACAUUAUAUCUCCAAAACAACUUGAUAAAAUCCAUCAAUCGUGGUGUAUUAAACCAACUGGGUAACAUGUCAACUUUAAGACUUUCACAUAAUAACAUUGGGAUGUUGGAAUAUGGAACAUUUGAAGGAUGUAAGUCUCUCACAAAUUUAUAUUUGGAUAAUAAUAUUAUUACCAGAAUUGAUGCUCAUGCAUUUGCACCUUUUCGAGGUUAA